AUGGAUAAUGAUGACCUCUUGAAAGACUUAGAUGAAGAUUUAGCUCUAGAAAUUGAAACAGAAGACGCUAUUGAAGUUUCUGGCGUUAAAGACGCCGAUGUAAAUGGGACGGCAAAGUCAAAUGCGCUUGAAGAGGUGAAAAGUUUAGUAAAUAAUUACAAGAUUUACCAACUAUCAGAAGGAAUGCCCAGGAGUUUAGCGAACGUUGCAAAAGUUAAUAAAUUACGAAUUAAAAUUAUCCAAUUGAUGGAUAGCUCAAAUGAUGCGACUGUAAUGGUAUUGAGCCAGCUUCAGCCCACUAUACAGCAAGAAAUUGAGAUUGUACACAAAAUUCUUGCGAGAUUAUACGCUCAAAGAUUUCCGGAGUUAAAUUCACUGAUCGUUGUACCCCAUUUAUACUCGCGAAUUGUGGAGUUUUUUGAAACUAGCGAAUCUAAGGAUAUCAAUCAGUUGGACGGAGUACUGAACCGCGAACAGGUACUUGUGGUUUCUAUGGCAAUGCAAACGGGUUUUAAUCAAGAGAAACAAUUAUCGAAAGCUGACCGUGAGCUAUUGUUCGAGUGUAUUAAUACUAUCGCAGACCUGACUGAUUUACAGGCAAAGAUUCGGGCCUUCGUAUCUUCACGAAUUGAUGGCGUUGCACCUAAUUUAGCCGCAUUAGUGGGUUCAGAAGUAGCUGCUCUCCUUAUUUCAGCGGUUGGUGGUCUAUCAGAGCUCUGUGCCGUUCCUAGUUGCAAUCUCGCCUCGGUGGGCAAAACCAAAUAUCUUUCCCAUGAAACUGGCGUGGAUGAAACUGGCGUAAGACAAAAAGGCUAUAUUUAUCAGUGCGACCUGAUACAAAAUCAGCCUAUCCAAAUUCGUAAGUCCGCACAGCGAAUGCUCUGCGCCAAAGUGUCUCUUGCUACACGUGUAGAUGCCGCCAAACAAGCUGAGAACGGCUUUCUUGGUCUCAAAUGGAGGCAAGAAGUCAUAAGCAAGCUAGAGAAAUUACAGGAUCCACCUAAUGUUACCAAUACAAAACCCCUGCCUGUUCCAGAAGAUAAACCAAAGAAGAAGCGGGCAGGUCGUCGGUUUCGGAAGUACAAGCAACAAUUUCAACUUUCCCACACACGCCAACUUCAAAACCGUAUGGAAUUCGGAAAAGCAGAACAAUCGGUUAUGGAUACGUUUGGCGAAGAAAUUGGAAUGGGUAUGGCUAAAAGCCUACAGGCUACACAGCCCACCCCCCAAAAUAACUCUGCUAAGCUACGAAAGUCCAUGAAGCGUCGUCUCGAAAAUGAUGUGGAGAGGGCGGCGAGUUUUACAUCGAGCGAUGCAAGGUCCGACUUCUUGAACACACCCCUUCUUGAGGGUCCAUCAGAUCAACCACAGAAGAAGUUAAAGCCAAAUAAAAAUGACUGGUAUUUAAAGCAUAUACAAAAAUGA